CUGAUGCGGAUCUUUAGCUUUUACAAGUUGAGGCGCGUCAGAGGCAACGCAGCUGCUGCUCGAAUCAGACAGUCACGACAGAUUAAUAUUAUCUGUAGCUUCGCCAACGCACUGCAGGCAGCUCGAUGUCCCAGUGAAACUGAUAAUUGUUGAUUAGCCAGCAAGUAAAAGUAGUUGCUGACGUGCAGCUAGCUAACCUAGCUUAGUGGAGCUCAUCAUAGAUGUUCUUCUGGGUCAAGAAAGACUAAAUCUGAGUUUUUUAAGAUUUUAACUUGUGGACGUUUUUUCUUCUCAACUCCUUUUGUGUAAGACUCCUUUUUUAUAUUUGUCUAACACAGUACAUGUUAUUGCUGUUCGCCAUCUGCUGGUGAUUGUGGUUGCCCUGUGAGAACUGGUGAUGGGGCACAGGGUUGUCCUCGGCGUUCAGCGACCUUGUCUCGCCCGGGUCGCGGUGCCUCCACUGCUGCUGCUCCUCCUCGUCCUGCUGUCUGCGGCCGUUUGGGCGGAGAGCCACGACUACUACAAUCUGCUGAAAGUCAACAGGGAGGCCACGACCAGAGAGAUACGACAGGCUUUCAAGAAGCUGGCGCUCACCAUGCACCCCGACAAAAACCCUGGCGACGCCACAGCCCAUGAGAAGUUCCUGCAGGUGAAUCGAGCCUACGAGGUCCUGAAGGACGAAGACCUCCGGAAGAAAUAUGAUAAAUAUGGAGAAAAGGGAUUGGACGAGCAGCAGCAGGGAGGCCGCUACGAGAGCUGGAACUUCUACCGAUAUGACUUUGGUAUCUACGAUGAUGAUUUGGAGGUCAUCACGUUGGACAGCGGAGACUUCGAGGCAGCAGUGAACUCUGGAGAAAUCUGGUUCAUUAACUUCUAUUUCCCACGAUGCUCUCACUGUCACCAGCUGGCUCCAACGUGGAGGGACUUUGCCAAAGAGAUGGAUGGAGUCAUGAGGAUUGGAGCGGUGAACUGUGGAGACAACAACCACCUGUGCAGGAGUAAAGGCAUCAACAGCUACCCAAGUCUGUCCAUAUUCAGAGCAGGCCAGACGCCAGAGAAGUUUCAUGAGGAGCGGUCUAAAGGCAGCCUGAUGCGCUUCGCCAUGAAGUUCAUCACCACAACUGUCACUCAGCUCUGGCAAGGUAACGUGUUCAGCGAGAUAGAGGGCGCGUACGCGUCCGGUCUCGGCUGGCUGAUCACCUUCUGCUGUGACACCGGAGAUUGCCUAGAGCCCAGAACAAGACAGAAAGUGGCUGGGAUGCUGGAUGGUUUAGUUAAGGUGGGAUGGAUGGACUGCACCUCACAGGAACAGCUCUGCGACAGUUUCCAGGUGACCAGCGGAGUGACUGCUUUGUUCCCACCUGGAAGUUCUCUGGAUCUACAAGGCAGCGUACUGUGGCUGAAUACUCUGGACAGUAAGGAGAUUUACAACGAGGUCAUCAACCACCUGCCUGAUCUGGAACAACUGACCGGUGACAACUUCCAGAGUAAGCUCGCCCAUCAUCGCUGGUUGGUGAGUUUUAUGUUUGGAGACGGAAGCCCCGCCUCCAACGAGUACAAGAAGCUGCAAACCUUCCUACAAAAUGACCACAUACAGGUUGGCAGAGUCGACUGUAUAGCAGACUCAAAGUUGUGUCAGUCACUCUACAUCCACGCACCCUGUGUGGCGGUCUUCAAAGGGCUGGGAAUCCACGACUUUGAGAUCCACCACGGUAAAGAUGUGCUCUACAACAUUGUGGGUUUUGCGAGGGACAGCGUUCGUGCUCAUGUGACGACUCUGAGGCCCGACAACUUCCCAUCAGACAGGAAGGAGCCGUGGCUGGUCGACUUCUUUGCUCCGUGGUGUCCUCCAUGUCGAGCUUUACUGCCUGAACUGAGAAAAGCUUCGAUCCAGUUGGCCGGACAGAUGAAGUUUGGCACUCUGGACUGUACCAUCCACCACAACCUCUGCUCUACGUAUAAAAUUCAGGCUUAUCCCACCACCGUGAUCUUUAACGGCUCCUCUGUUCAUGAAUACGAAGGACAACAUUCAGCUGACGGCAUCCUGGAGUUCAUACAGGAUCUGGUCAGUCCGUCAGUGAUGAUCCUGGAUCCUUCCAGCUUCAGCGAGAAAGUUAAAGGUCGAGCUGAGGGGCAGAUCUGGGCGGUGGAUUUCUACGCUCCAUGGUGUGGCCCCUGUCAGGCUCUGAUCCCAGAGUGGAGACGCAUGGCCAGGCUGCUGUCGGGUCAGAUCCUGGUCGGUUCGGUUGACUGUCAGCGGUAUCAGUCGUUCUGUCAGGGUCAGGGCGUGAGGUCGUACCCUGAAAUCCGCCUGUACCUCGGCAACAGCCGGCAGCCAGAUCGCUACACGAGUUAUAAUGGGUGGAACAGAGAUUCCCAUUCACUCAGAUCCUGGGCACUGAGCUCCUUACCCAGAGCCUCGGUGGACCUGACCCCAGAGUCCUUCAGGUCCUUGGUUCUGUCAGGCCAGGAUCACUGGGUCCUGGAUUUCUACGCCCCUUGGUGUGGACCCUGUCAACACUUCGCCCCAGAGUUUGAGGUCCUGGCUCGGGUGCUUAAAGGGAAAGUUCGAGCUGGGAAGGUGGACUGUCAGGCUCAUCACCAGACCUGUCAAUCAGCUGGAAUCACCGCCUACCCGACCGUCAGAUUCUACCCGUACCUCGGAACAAGGAGGUAUGAACACAACGGAGAACACAUCAAUAGCCGGGACUCUAACGUGAUAGCUGACACCAUCACACAGCGUCUACAACAGCUGUCGCCGCGGUUACACAACAAAGUGAAGACCGAGCUCUGAUGAGCCGAGCGAGAUCUGAUUGGUCAGGGAGGGACAGCGGUGGAUUUGAUUGGUCCAGCACAAAGAGCAAUCUGUCGACACAAAGAGAGGCGGAGUCAGACGGACAGGAUACCGGCGGCUACCUGCUGUCUUGAAUGUACUGAACACUUCUGCCUUGUUUUUAUUUUGUCUCCAUUGUUUGUAUUUACUCUAUGACGUAAGACUGUGAGACACUCGAUACCAGAUAUGUUACUGACACACAGACACGCACACACGCAGCCCGAUAUUGACAUAAUGUUGUAUUUAUCAUCAUGUAAAAAAACUGUUGGACCUUCAGAAUAAAACUGUUUUUCUGUUAAAAGA